AUGUCUGCUCGACGGAAGCCGUCCCGCAGCUCCGACAGCUACAACGAGCCUCCGACCGCCGCCACUAUGGAGAACGACAGCACAAGCCCUCACCGCACAUCUCUAGCACGGCGCUCGCCUUUCCUGCCCACACGCCUCGAGCUCCUCCUCCUGUCGAUCUAUCCCGCCACUCUGGUGCUCGGUUCCGUCUUCUCUAUCGUCUCGCCGACGACGCGCAACACACCCUACAGCGCCACGACGCAAUCGCACCCUGUCGACCAGGCACCCUCGUACUUUGCGCAGAAGAAGAACAUAUUCAAUGUCUACUUUGUCAAGAAGGGCUGGGCCUGGACGACGGGCGCGCUGUUCCUGUUCCUGCUAACACACCCGAGCCUGGGCCCGCCGAUGCGGCCCGUCCUCACGCCGCGAAGGGCGCGCGGUGUGCUGCGCUGGGCACUGGUCACGCUCGCCUGGGUCUUCGUAACGCAGUGGUUCUUCGGCCCGCCACUCAUCGACAUGCUCUUCCGCUUCACCGGCGGCCAGUGCGAGCUGGUGCGCGACCCGAGCGCACGCGAGGCCAUGUCUGACACUCGCGAGUACAUCACGGCCGUGACGUGCAAGGUCGCCGGUGGCGUGUGGAAAGGGGGCCAUGACAUCAGCGGGCAUGUCUUCCUGCUGAUCUUGGGCAGCCUUCUUCUCUGGCUGGAGAUCUUGCCUGCCGUGCUGCGCGCCGAAGGUCUGCGCGACGGCCGUAGGAUCGUCAUGGGCGACGGCAAGACACGCACGGCGGGCGCUGAGGCCCAGCGCGAGAGCCAUGCGUACAGCGCAGCCGCAGACGAGAAGGACCCUGGCCUCGGGGUCAAAGUGUCACUGGGGGUCAUGGCGCUCAGCUGGUGGAUGCUCUUAAUGACAGCCGCAUUCUUCCAUACCUGGUUCGAGAAGUUUACCGGGCUGCUAGUCGCCUUCUCUGCCAUCUGGCUAAUCUACUUCCUCCCGCGUGGCGUUCCGGCGUACCGUGCGGUCAUCGGCAUGCCUGGCGUCUAA